GAAGUUCUUCACAAAACUCAUCAACUAAACCAACGAGUAGAAACAAAGACUAGAUUUCUUUCUUCCAUAAACUUUUUUUUAAACUUCUUAUUGUUCCGUAAGUAUGGGUAUUGUCACUUUCAAUGAAGAACUCCACUGCCCUGUUUCAGCUAAAAGGAUGUUUCAUGCCUUGUUCGAAGAUGAUCACAAUUUGAUCCCUAAGAUCAUGCCUAACGUCAAAAGUGUCGAUUUUAUCUCCGGUGAUGGAAGUCCCGGAAGUAUUAACCAAGUUAACUUCGUUGAUGGACAUCCAGUCAAGUUUGUGAAGCAUAGGUUGGACAAAAGAGACGCAGCAAACCACGAGUGCAACUACACUGUGAUUGAGUCUGAUACCUUCGGUGACAAGGUUGAAUGUGUUGCUAACGAGGUUAAGUUCGAGGAUGCACCUGAUGGAGGAUGUAUCUGUAAGAUCAAAAGCUGCGUUCACCCAAAGGGAGAUGCUGUUCUUGACGAAGAACAUUUGAAGGCCGGUCAUGGAGGAUACAUGGCUAAGUACAAAGCUGUUACUGACUACCUCGUCGCAAACCCUGAUGUCUAUGCUUAAAUGAGUUCAGAACUUUCUGUUCUUUUUUUUAUAUAAAUCAAGCUCGAUCUGCUUAGUCAAAAUUAAGUAUGGAUUUGUAGAGUUAGUGUGGAUUUGUGUGUGUGUAUGUUUGAGUUUGUUUAUCCUAUACGUCCCCCUCGUAUGUGUGUAACUUGGUAUGUACCUCAGCUCAAUUAAUAAAAACGGAUAUUAUUAUUUA